AUGUUUAUUGGCGGAUUGAACUGGGAGACCACAGAUCAAUCUCUCCGCGACUACUUCUCCCAGUUCGGCGAGGUCCAGGAAUGCACGGUGAUGCGUGAUAGCGCCACCGGUCGCUCUCGUGGCUUCGGUUUCCUCACUUUCCGCGAUGCCAAGACGGUCAACACGGUCAUGGUGAAGGAGCAUUACCUGGAUGGCAAGAUUACAAGCAAGAUCUUCGUUGGCGGCGUCAGCCAAGAAGCCACAGAACAAGACUUCAAGCAAUUCUUCACACAAUUCGGGCGCGUCAUCGACGCAACACUCAUGAUCGACAAAGACACCGGCCGCCCCCGUGGUUUCGGCUUCGUAACCUUCGACAGCGAAGCCGCCGUCGAAAACGCCCUCUCCCGCCCUCUCGAAAUCCUCGGCAAACCCAUCGAAGUCAAGAAAGCCCAACCCCGCGGUAACCUCCGCGACGAAAACCGCGGCGGCCGCGGCGGCCGCGAGAACUUCCGCGAUAUGAAUCAGGGCGGAGACGCCGGCCAGCAACAGGGUGGUGGUGGACAGCAGGGUAUGGCGGGUGGUAUGACGCCGCAAAUGAUGGCGCAGUAUUGGCAGCGCAUGCAGCAAUACUUUGCCAUGAUGCAGCAGCAGAUGGCCAUGGGUGGGGGGAAUAUGAAUAUGGGCGCCAUGAACCCGGCCAUGAUGCAGCAAAUGCAACAGAUGCAAAUGAAGCAGAUGGCUGCGGCUAUGGGUGGUGGUGCUGGUGGGCCCCAGCAGCAGCCGCAGCAGCAGCAAGCUGGCGGUAUGAGUCCCAACCCUGCCUCCCCGGGCGCUCAACAGGCCAUGCCGAAUAUGAUGAAUCCGGCCAUGAUGCAGGCCAUGCAGGGUCAGCCCCAGGCUGGGCAGCAGGGCCAACAGGGUCCCGGUGGAGCAGGAGCCGGUGAUGGCGCCGGCCAGGGCGCGGGAUAUAACCGGCAACAAGCCGGGGGACCGGGCUACAAUGCGCAGGAACAGCUCGCGUUUGAGCAGCAGAAGUACGAGCAGCAGCAGGUGCGCCGCGCUAUGGAUACCAGCCGUGGGUUUUCGCCGUAUCAGCAGGGUGGGCCGACUUCGUGGGAGGGUAUGUAUGACGAGGUUCCUCAGCCGAAUAUUCCCACCGGUCCGCAGGGGAUGGUUCGGGGCGGUAGUAUGGGUCGUGGUAUGUUGAUGAACAUCCGCUCUACUAUCAGAUCUGUCUAA